UUCUUGCGGGCGGGGCUGCGCAGGGAGGCAAGCCGUCUCGUCACGUGGGAACUCACUGAAACACGUGUCUGGUGCGGGAAGAUGCUGUUCCUGCGGCCUUGGAGGAAGGCCUGGGUUGGGAAGAGCCGCCUCUGCAGGUCUUUCGGGGCACGGGCUCUUCCUGCCCACGUCGCCGAGCGCCUGGCGCUUUACGAACAGCUUCAAGCCGCCGCGGAGGAGCGCCGUGCGGAGCGGGCCCUGAAAGAGCAACGGCCGAUCCGAAUUUCCCUCCCGGGUGGCAAAACAUUCGAGGGAGAAGCCUGGAGGACCACGCCCUCUCAGGUGGCCUUGAGCAUCAGCCAGAGCCGGGCCAAGGAGGCAGUGGCAGCCAGGGUGAACGGGGCGCUCUACGACCUGGACCGCCCCCUUGAAGAAGAUGCCAGCUUGGAAUUUGUGGACUUCGAUGCCCGGGAUGGACAAGCACUCUUCUGGCAUUCCAGCGCCCACAUUCUUGGGGACGCCGCUGAGCGAUUUUAUGGGGCCCUCCUAUGUCAUGGGCCCAGCACUGAACACGGCUUCUUCUACGACAUGUACAUGGAUGAUGAAAGGACCGUCUCCGGCAAAGAUUUACCAGCUUUGCAGGAAAUCUGCCAAGACCUCAUCGAAGCGCAGAGUCCCUUUGAGAGGCUGGAGGUCUCCCGGGAGGAUUUAAUGCGGCUCUUUAAGCACAACAGAUUCAAACUCCGGAUCAUCAGCGAGAAGGUGAGGUCUCCGACGGCCACCAUUUACAGGUGCGGGACCUUAAUUGACCUCUGCCGCGGGCCUCACGUUCGGCACACCGGGGAGAUCCGAGCCCUGAAGCUGCUCAAGAACGCCUCUGCGUACUGGAAGGGAGACCCUUCCCAGGAGGCGCUGCAGCGCAUCUACGGCAUCUCCUUCCCCAGUUCUGUGCAACUGGCAGAAUGGGAACGGGCGCAGGAAGAGGCGGCUCGGCGGGACCACCGGCGCAUCGGGAAGGAGCAAGAGCUCUUCUUCUUCCACGAGCUCAGCCCCGGGAGCUGCUUCUUCCUCCCCAAAGGAGCUCACAUCUACACCACCCUGGUCGACUUCAUCAAGAGCGAAUACUUGAAACGUGGCUUCUCCGAGGUCAUCACCCCCAAUAUUUUCAACUCCAAGCUUUGGGAAACGUCCGGUCAUUGGCAGCAUUACGAAGAGAACAUGUUCUCCUUCCCACUGGAGGGGGAAACCUUUGCCCUCAAACCUAUGAACUGUCCUGCUCACUGCCUCAUGUUUGGCCAUCGACCUCGAUCGUGGCGGGAGCUCCCUCUCCGCCUGGCGGACUUUGGCGUCCUGCACCGAAAUGAGCCUUCGGGAGCCCUGUCGGGGUUGACGCGUGUGCGCCGCUUCCAGCAGGACGACGCCCACAUCUUCUGCGCCAUGGAUCAGCUGGAAGGAGAGAUCCGAAGCUGCCUGGACUUCCUCCAAGCCGUAUACUCUGUUUUUGGGUUCACCCUCCGCUUCUAUCUUUCGACUCGCCCCGAAAAAUUCCUCGGAGAAAUUCAUCUUUGGGACCGGGCAGAAUCGCUGCUGGAAAAGAGUCUUCGAGACUUCGGCCAGCCUUGGGAGCUCAACCCUGGAGACGGGGCCUUCUAUGGGCCAAAGGUUGACAUUCAGAUCAAAGACGCCUUGGGGCGGCUCCACCAAUGUGCCACCAUUCAGCUGGACUUCCAGAUGCCCAUCCGGUUCGACCUCUCUUACACAAGCAAAGAGAGCGCCACGUCGGAGAGACCAGUGAUGAUCCACCGUGCAGUGCUGGGCUCCGUGGAGCGGAUGAUGGCCGUCUUGGCAGAGAACUAUGGCGGCAAAUGGCCGUUCUGGUUGUCGCCAUCUCAAAUCAUGGUGAUCCCGGUUGGGCCGGACGCAGAGAACUAUGCCCACGAGAUCCGCCAGAUCUUCCACCAAGCGGGAUUCACAACUGACGUGGAUUUGGACCCGGGAACGACCCUCAAUCGCAAGAUCCGGAAAGCCCAACUGGCUCAGUACAACUUCCAGUUUGUCGUCGGGCGGAAAGAGAUGUCCAACCGCACCCUGAACGUCCGUAGCCGAGACGGUCACCGACAUGGCGAACGGGAUGUCAACGCAGUCUUAUGCCGGCUCAAAGAGUUGCAGGAGAUUCGGGCCAGGAACGCCGAGGAGCUCUUUGGAGCUGAUUUAUAGCAUCCGCACAAGGCAAGAAGCAAACCAAAGUGAGUGCAAGGCUGCUGGUUUCGCCACGUCUCUACAAGUUUUGUCUCUGUCUCAAGAUCCUAGUCCUCAUUGUGCCACGAAGCGAGAAAUCUGGGAGACUCAUUUGCAGACUUGGAAUUGUCUACGCUGCAAUUUCUGCAAUUCCAGCAAUUCCACUGAAGCCGAUGGAAUUGGAGCUUGGGGCAAGGAAUUGGAUGCUGCGGGCUCGUUUUAUUUUCUGUUUAUUUAUUUAUUAUUUGAGAUCUAUCUCGAGGGCCUUCCAGAACCACAAAAAGGCACCCUAGGCAAUACAAAAAUAAUAAUAAAUAUUAUUAAAAUAUUUCCGCAUCUCCCCAAUUGAUAA